AGACGCAAGAUAAAUAUCGAAUACAUCAAAGAUAAAUCACGUAGACAUAUAACUUUCUCAAAGCGUAAGAAUGGUAUUAUGAAGAAAGCCUACGAGUUGGCUACUUUAACUGGCACACAAGUCUUAUUGUUAGUCGUCAGUGAAUCAGGUUUGGUGUAUACAUUCACGACGGCCAAGCUAUCACCAGUUGUCAAGACAGAUGAGGGCCAAAUGAUAGUACAGAAAUGCUUAUCG